AUGGGGCUCUGCUUCACCAGAUGUCGAUCCCAUGACAUCCCAAUCUCUUCCUCAUCGGAUUCACCUCCUCCCCACUACCAGAAAACAUCCAAUAAAACCCAUGCCCAGCACAAGCCAACCCCUUCUUCAAAACCGAACCCGUACGCAUCAGCAUAUGAUAAUCCAGGCACUUCUUUUGGCAAGACCCCUUCGUCAUCUCAGACUCAGAUUGGACCCAUUCUGGGCAGGCCAUACGUGGACAUAAACAUCUUGUACACCCUUGAAAAGGAGCUGGGAAGGGGUCAGUUUGGUGUCACUCGUCUUUGCACAGAGAAGGCCACGGGCAAAAGGUACGCCUGCAAGUCCAUAUCAAGGCGAAAGCUCUCGACCAGCAAGGACAUUGACGAUGUCAGGAGGGAGAUUAUGAUACUUCAGCAUCUCACAGGGCAACCCAACAUUGUGGAAUUCAAGGGUGCUUAUGAGGACAGGCAGAAUCUGCAUUUGGUCAUGGAGUUGUGCUCCGGCGGUGAGCUUUUUGAUCGGAUUACUGCUAAAGGGAGCUACUCUGAGCGUCAAGCCGCUCAGAUUUUCAGACAGAUUGUGAAUGUGGUUCAUGUGUGUCACUUCAUGGGGGUGAUGCAUAGAGACCUCAAGCCUGAGAAUUUCUUGCUGGUCAGUAAGGAAGAGAAUGCCCCUCUUAAAGCCAUCGAUUUUGGACUCUCUGUCUUCAUUGAGCAAGGGAAAGUGUACAGGGACAUUGUUGGGAGUGCCUACUAUGUGGCCCCGGAAGUGUUGGAGCGAAAUUAUGGGAAGGAGAUAGAUGUGUGGAGUGCUGGAGUCAUUUUAUAUAUUCUUCUAGCUGGAGCGCCUCCCUUUUGGGCUGAGACUGAAAGGGGGAUAUUUGAAGCAAUUAUGCAAGGCAAACUUGACUUGCAAAGUUCCCCAUGGCCUUCUAUCUCUGAUUCUGCAAAGGAUCUGAUCAAGAAAAUGUUAACAAGAGACGCUAAUAAAAGAAUUACAGCUGCUGAAGUUCUUGAACAUCCAUGGAUGACGAAAGAUGGUGAAGCCUCUGACAAACCAAUUGACAGUGCUGUUCUAAUUAGGAUGAAGCAGUUCAGAGCAAUGAACAAGCUGAAGAAACUUGCUCUGAUGGUAAUAGCAGAAAACCUUUCAGAAGAAGAAAUUCAUGGCCUGAAACAAAUGUUCAACAACAUAGACACAGAUAGAAGUGGCAGCAUCACAUUUGAAGAACUUAAAACUGGAUUGGCAAGGCUGGGAUCUAAGCUCAGUGAAACAGAAAUAAAACAGCUGAUGGAUGCUGCUGACAUUGACAAGAAUGGGACUAUUGAUUACACUGAAUUCAUCACUGCUACCAUGCAUCGCCAUAAACUGGAGAAGGAAGAAAACUUGUUCAAGGCUUUUCAGUUCUUUGACAAGGAUCAGAGCGGGUUUAUCACAAGAGAUGAGCUAAGACAAGCAAUGACUCAAUAUGGGAUGGGGGAUGAUGCUACUAUAGAUGAAAUCAUUGAUGAUGUGGAUACUGAUAAAGAUGGGAGAAUCAACUACGAGGAGUUUGUGGCCAUGAUGAGACAGGGAGUUCAAGAUUCUGAUGAUAAACGAAGAUAG